ACCACCCCCACAGCAUAUGUUAAUGUGCACUGCCAUUAAUACAUUACAUAUAUUCAUCCAUCCUCUCUCCUCUGUCUUGUCUAUGCUUGGCAACUCCUCGUUUCAGCAAAAGAAAACCACAAGCAAAUAAGAAACGAAACUGUUUCCCACUCUCUCUGCAACUUCACACGCACAAACCCAAGAGAGAGAGAGAGAGAGAAACCAAACAAACAGACAAAAAAGAAAACUUCAGAGACAGAAAGCAAAGAGAGAGAGAGAGAAAGCAAAGCAAAGACACCGCUUUUAAUAUGUCAAACACAAAUCCAUAAGAACCCAGCCAUGACCCAACACCAACAAUGCCCUCCUCCUCAACAAUGCCUCUCUCGCCGGACCCUCCCUUCCUCUGCACCGAAGACGCCAGCGAAGUCACCUCCGACCACCACCAUCCACCGUCCCCCUUCCCGGAUUCCGACGAGGCCGCCAUCGCCGGACUCCUUGACGCCGAGCCCCACCACAUGCCGGAAAAGGACUACCUCCGCCGCUGCCGCGACCGCUCCGUGGACGUCACCGCUCGCUUGGACGCCGUCAACUGGAUCUUAAAGGUCCACGCAUUCUACGAGUUUUCCCCGGUAACGGCGUUUCUCUCCGUCAACUAUUUGGACCGUUUUCUCUCUCGAUGUUCUCUUCCGCAAGAAAGUGGUGGGUGGGCAUUUCAGCUGCUAUCAGUGGCAUGUUUGUCUCUAGCAGCGAAAAUGGAGGAGUCCCAUGUGCCUUUCUUACUGGACCUUCAAUUGUUUCAGCCCAAGUUCGUCUUCGAGCCCAAAACGGUUCAGAGAAUGGAACUAUGGGUUAUGUCUAACCUCAAAUGGAGACUCCGCUCUGUCACCCCCUUCGACUAUCUUCAUUAUUUCUUCACCAAGCUCCCUUCUUCCUCUUCCCAAUCCAUCACCACUGCCUCCAACCUCAUUCUCAGCACCACUCGUGUCAUUAACUUCUUGGGAUUUGCGCCGUCCACCGUCGCAGCCGCUGCCGUGCAGUGCUCCGCCAACGGCCAAUUACCGCUGAGUUUUCAUGACAGAUUAAACAGUGAAAUGGUGAGAUGCUGUCACCAACUAAUGGAGGAGUACGUGGUGGACACGUGUCCCGCAUCCAUUAAAGUCAGAAUAACCGAGGCGGCGGCGCCGUCCAGCCCCGUCGGCGUGCUCGACGCCGCCACCUGUGGGAGCUGCGACACACCUUCCGAGAGGAAUUUUGCUGGCUCAGCCGAGGAACAAGCCGAGCCGCCAAAUAAACGGCUUCGAUCCUCUGCCUCGGAUGCACCCCGGCGGUAGAUGCAAGACCGAAACUUCACUCCACUUCACUUCAUUCUCGGCAUCAUAUAUAAUUCAUAUAUUCAUAUAUUUAUAAUAAUUACAGUCACAAUAUAAUAUAUAAAUGUCUCCUUUUCUUGGGUAUCUCUUGUCAGGGAGAAAGAGGUUACUUUACUUUGUGGUUUUUGAAUGCAUUAUAAUUUAUAUCUUGAUUAUAUAAAAGACCAAGGUCAAGAUUUGGGUAGUCUUUGGUUGAUUCGGCGAAGGUAACUUUUUCAAUUUUUAAUUUAUUAUUGUUGUUGCAUAA